AUGGGAAGAGAUGCCUCGGAGUCCCGUCCUGAUAUUUGCCAUCAAUGUUUGCUCACUUUACAAGAUUCUGUCCUGAACAAGGCAGGAAUGCUUCGUAUAUUUAUUCAUACAUCCCAAAAUGUCCUUAUUGAAGUGAAUCCUAAACUACGAGUUCCUCGAACAUUCAAACGAUUUGGCAGCAUGAUUGUGCAAUUGCUCGACAAGAGAAAGAUUCGUUCUCACAGUGGUGAAGAUUGGCUCAUGAAAGUCAUAAAGAAUCCUAUCACAGAUCAUUUACCUACGGGAGCUCAUAUUUUCGGAACCUCUGUGACUGGAACGUUAGUCGACCCUCUCGACUUUGUCGAGGUGCUCAACGAGAAUACGGACGCCAACAAGAACGUUGAUUCCUUCGUUUUUGUGUUUGGUGCGUUUGCUCAUGGUCAUCUGAACCUGGAUUACAUCGAGACUAUGCUAUCGUUCUCUCAAUACCCUUUGAGUGGAUCGGUGGCAUGUGGCAAGUUGAUGAAUGCUUUUGAAGAAGUCUGGAAACUUCAUUAG